AUGAGUAAAAACGCACCUGUGUUUGUUCAUCAUGGGGUUGAUGCCACCUGCUGUUCGACGGUAUGUAUGGAUAACAGAGAGUUCCUUCUCGUAGGCACAUCGAAAGGGAAAUGCCAUCUUUGCGACAUUUUCUCUUAUCAAUUUAAAGAAACAGUUUAUGAAGACAGCGAUAAAAGGUCAAUUGUUGGAGCGCAAGCAAGGUUACAUGAGAAUGUACUUGAAGCUGUAGUCCAUAUCAGAGAUUAUGCUAUUAUGGUUCUGGCAAGAAAAGAAGGCAAGUGGGAUGAAUGCAGGGUGAUACCUGUGAAUCAUUAUGGCUUCUGCUCUUUCAUAUUGAUACCCGACGCAAUUAUCUUACCGGAUGUUGAGAAGUCUGAUAACUUGGUUCGGAUACUGUGGGAUUCUGGGAAUGCUGACAUUAUACCUCUUGGAAAUAAAGCGACACCCUUCUGUUUGAACUCGUUCGAAUCAUCUGUGUUAGUGGGAGAUGAGGCAGGGACUUUGACUAUAAGCAAGAAUGGUUUCAUGCGCAAAAAGAGCCUCUAUUCAGAACCCAUCUUUGGUUUAGCUGUCUCAACGUCUGGACUCAUAGCAGCAUGUUCUACAUUACCACCCAUUAAAUGUUUUAGAAUGAGUGAUUUAGACGAUAAAGACAUAAUCUCUCUUGAUUAUCGUCCUGACGCUUCUGGAUGUGGAUCAUUGGUGUUUUUGCCAUCGGAGAAGACAUUGUUAGCUGGUUAUUGGGAUGGUGCUAUCAGAGGAUUUUCCAUUAAGAAACGUCAAGUCAUACUUUUUUUGGAUUUCCACAAAGAAACUAUCACUCGCCUUUGUUGGUUCGGAAACAUGGAGAGUGGUGAAACGAAGAAAGAUCAAAUGGUUUCCUGCUCAAAGGAUGGUACGAUAUGUUUUUGGAACUUCCCUAAACAUUAA